UCCAAACCCUCACAGAAGAUUGUCUCGAAAGAUUCUUCUUCCUUAACAGCAACCGGAGCGAUGGCUUCCGCUGGUGUUUCGCCGGCGGGAUACUCUUUGUACGGUCGAAUGUCUUUGAGGCGAGAAGAGAGGGGCUCUGAAAACCAAGAUCCAGCGGUGGAUUUCGAGUUUUGUCCCGCAGAUCCGGUCACAAUGCUCUCCGCCGACGAGCUCUUCUCCGACGGAAAGCUCGUGCCUUUGAAGUUCUCUGGUCCGGCGGAGACGAGGAGGAGGCCGCAGACUUCCACUGUCAAGACGACGACUGCUGCUGAACGGACCCAGUCGCCGGAGGUCCGGCGGAGGCUAGAGGUGGAGAUCUCGGAGCUCUUCUCCCCGAGAGCUCCUCGUUGUACGAGCAGAUGGCGAGAGCUUUUAGGCCUCAAGAAGGCACAAGAAUCUGUUUCUGCUUCUUCCUCCCCUAACCCGAAGCAAUUUCUUCACCGCGGAUCUAGAUCUUCGUCGCCGGCUGAUGCUACUCCGUUGUUGAUGAAGGAGUCAGAUAUGACCUCUUCACGUCUCUCUCUAUCAUCAUCGUCCUCUUCCUCCGGCCACGAGAUCGAUGACCUUCCAAGACUCUCGCUUGACCUCGAGAAACCAAGUCCGAACCCCUUUGCUCCUCCCUCUCGGAUCAGAUUAGCCAAGCCAAGGCGUCCCUCCAAUCCUACCGUGGACGGGGUUGUCAACGUGACGGCAGAUAGUCCGAGGCUUAACUCUUCUGGGAAAAUCGUGUUUCAUGGACUGGAAAGAAGCUCGAGCAGUCCCGGUUGCUUCACCGGCGGACCCAGACUGAAGCAACACCAUAGAAUGCCCAGAUCCUACUCUGCUAAUGUCAGAAUCACCCCCGUGCUCAAUGUUCCGGUUUCUUCUCUCAAAUCAAGCCUCUUCUUCGGCCAGAUGUUCUCUUCAUCUUCGUCGUCGCAGUACUUACAGAGCUACGGCAAAAACCAUACCACUCGAACCAGAGUAGAAUUUUAAGUAAACCGGGGUGUGUGAAUCUUAUGACUUUUGUUUUUUGCGGUAUAAACUGAUGUUUUAUUUGAGGGCAGAUUAUGUUAAUACGGUCUAUCUAUUCUCCGGUUAUCGUAUUAAUCACGU